AUCGUCUGCCUCCUCGACAUCCCAGUCUAGGCCUGCAUCCACUCAGUGUGAAGCACUCGUGAAAUCGACACCUACUUUACUGCAAUGGCGUCUUUCAACAAACUGUUCUCCUCUGUCCUCCUGGCUCUGCUCUAUGCGUCCACUGCGACGGCAGCCCCCUGGCCUACGACUUCCAAGCAUUCGACGCACCGCGUUCGUAACGUUGGACGAGACUUGAAGAUCGAGACGUUCCACCCCGAGUCGUCCUACGAGACUUUCGGUGUUGAUGGCGUCGACCACCCGCUCUCCAAGCGCGACAACUUCGACAUCAAAGAUGCCGCUAUUGCCUUCGUCCAGGACAAGCUGAACGUCGGCGAAUCCGCUGUUGCCCUCAAAUCAGCCUAUGAAGGUGACGUCUCUGGCCAUGCGUUCGUCAAGCAGGCCCACGAGGGUGUCCCCUUCGCCAACGCUGUCGCCAACGUCGCUUUCAACAAGGCUGGCAAGGUUGUCGCGUUCGGCUCCUCGUUCGUCAAGGCCGACAACUUGCCCUCGUCCACCCCCUCCAUCACUGUCGAGCAGGCCAUCGCCACCGCCGAGGAGACCCUCGACGGCAAGUACAACGACUGGCCCGCGACUCUUGAGUUCCUUGCUCUCGACGACGGCAGUGCCGCUCUCGUUCACGUCGUUCAAAUUCAAAACGAGGCGACCGGCGCGUGGGUUGAGGCGUUCGUCGACGCCCACAGCAACAAGGUUGUCUCGAUCACUGACUUCGUUGCCAAAGCCUCGUACCGUGUCCUUCCCAUCACUAAAGAGGUUUUGACCGACGGCUUCGAGACCGUCACCGACCCCCAGGACACCGUCGCUUCUCCCUCCGGCUGGCAUAGCACGGGCUCGACGACCACGACCACAACUGCCGGUAACAACGUCGUCGCGUACAAGGGUUCCCAGAGCAAGACCGCCUCCCAGUCUUCCUCCGGCCUCAACUUCAUCUACACCCAAAACCCUGCAAACGCCCCUACUACCUCUGCUAACCUGAACGCUGCGAUCACCAACGCGUUCUACAUUGUCAAUUCGGUUCACGACUUUUCUUACCGCUACGGCUUCACGGAGAGCGCCUUCAACUUCCAGACCAACAACUUCGGCAAGGGUGGUGCUGGCAGCGACCGCGUCACCGUCAGCGUCCAGGACAGCGCCGGCACUGACAAUGCUGAUUUCUCGACCCCUGCUGAUGGUCAAUCUGGUGCCAUGCGCAUGUUCCUCUGGGACGAGACCAACCCCGAGCGUGAUGGAGCACUCGAGAACGACAUUGUCGUCCACGAAAACACCCACGGUAUCACCAACCGCAUGACCGGUGGUGGAACUGGCCGUUGCUUGCAAACCACCGAGGCCGGCGGUAUGGGCGAAGGCUGGUCUGACGCCAUGGCUGACUGGACUGAGCAGAAGAGCGUCAACACUCAGGACUACGUCAUGGGUCAAUACGUCGUCAACGACCCCGCCGGUAUUCGCUCGCACCCGUACUCCACCUCGAAGACCACGAACCCCCUCACCUACGGGUCGCUCAAGACUCUCACCGAAGUCCACGAUAUCGGUGAAGCUUGGGCCAACACCCUCCACAAUGUCUACGCUGCUCUCGUCUCCGCGCACGGCUACUCUAGCACUGCCCGCACUACCCCUGACGGCACUGAGGGCAACGUUGUCUUCCUGCACCUAUUCAUUGACGCUUUGCCUAUCCAGCCCUGCAACCCCACUUUCUUGACUGGUCGCGAUGCCAUCAUCCAGGCUGAUGCUAACCGCUACAACGGUGCUAACAAGUGCCUUCUCUGGAAGGCGUUCGCCAGCCGCGGCUUGGGCGUCAAUGCCAAGAACCAAGUCGACGACGCCACCCUCCCCUCUGGCUGUUAGACGAGUCGCUUCCUGUUGAGCUGCAUUUGGGCUCACAUGCAGCAGCGCCGACGGACACUUAUCACAAUGCUAUGUAGUUUUGGAUGUUUAAAUGCUACCCGUGCUUGAUGAACUUGUAAUGCAAAAUGAUCGUUCGAUCGAUGAACCUCAC